AUGUUCAAGCGGUACAAAGAAGACGCCCUAGACACUGAUUUCGGCAACAUUGAUAGCGGAAAUCACGCUGCUAAUGGCGGCAAUGCGAAGGUUAGUUCGGAUCCUUACAGUCUACAGUGGUCCUCAAGCUCCCGAAAAAUCGGGGCAACCCUAUCUACCACCAACCGAGCACGAUCCGUUGGUGCGAGAACACCUUCAUGCACAUGGUAUUAUAAUUCGCAUAACAAUAACAUCGUACUGGAUAAGAAUGGACACCGCUCGGGAUCUCGCCCACGUCGAAAGCCCCGGAGCCACCAGCGAGACGGCGAGGCUGACGAUCGCUCUUCAAACCUAACAAGACAUUACAUCGAGCCGGCGCAGGGUGAUACCUACACCGCGAGACAUGAAUCAGGGUUUAAUGACAAGAUGGCCCCGGAGAUGAGCGGAAAAGCCUUCGAUCCCGACCGGACGAAGAAGAGCCAUGUGGAUGCCAUACUUCUGGCAGGAGGCAACGUCAACGACCUGGAGGCACGGCGAAUGGCAGCAAUACAAUAAGCACCAAGAAGGUAGAGCGAUGGUAAGGAGAAAGCAACACCCCGGCCCCGGAAUUCCACGUUCCGGAAGGCCUCCCAGUCGGGGGGAUGCUCGUCGGGUCAAAAGCAGGGAUAUCCACGCCGGUUGACGAGGAAGACGCGGGGGAUGACCAAGACCAGAAUCCUGUUGAAGACAACCCUACAAAUUUCCUGCAUUCGAGUU